AUGACGAACAGUUACCCUGGUAACCAGAGUCUGGUGGGCGGGGCCGACGAGUCUGAGGACGAGUCCAGCGGAAUGGGAGGGGCCCCCGGUGUUGUGGUCCCGCCCAACUCCAUCAAAGUCACGCAGAGAUGUUUGAUUCUGUCCAACGCUUCAGUGAAGUGUGACACCGGAGUUUAUCAGUCUCUUCAGGCCUGGAAGGAUCACAAGCUGCACAUCGACCACGAGAUUGAGACCCUGCAGACGAAGAUAAAGAACCUCAGAGAGGUCAGAGGUCACUUGAAGAAGGCCCGCCCCCUGCAGUGUGACUGUAAUAAAUACCUGUAUAAAUCCAAACUGAAGAACAAGCUGAGGUACCGCGGCGGCGGCGUUCACCCGUUCAGCGCCAACAACAACACUUACUGGUGUCUGAGGACCAUCAACGAGACGCACAACUUCCUGUUCUGUGAGUUUGCCACCGGCUUCCUGGAGUAUUUCGACCUCAACAUAGACCCAUACCAGCUGAUCAACGCCGUCAGCUCUUUGGAUCGGACGGUUCUCAACCGGCUCCACGUUCAGCUGAUGGAACUCAGAGGCUGCAAGGGACACAAGCAGUGUAAUCCUCGCACACGCUCAGUGGAGCUGGCAGAAGAACGAGAACAUGGCGGCUUUGAUGACUACAGGAUCUACACUGACCUCUACAUCACAAAGGGACAGAGUGAAGAGGUUAAUACUCAACAUGAGGUGAGGCAGCUUGAGACGGCUUCCAAGAAGAAGAUCCUCCACGACACUCCCAUCAAGUGCCACGACAUCUUUAAAGCCUCCACUGACCAGCAGAGACGCAUCAGAGUCGUCCUGACCAACGGCGUCGCUGGCGUUGGAAAAACCUUCUUGGUGCAGAAGUUCACUCUGGACUGGGCAGAGGGUUUAGAAAACCAGGAUGUGGAUCUGCUGACUGUGCUUUCGUUCAGGGAGCUGAACCUGGUGAAGGACCAGCAGCACAGUCUCCUCACGCUGCUCCGUGUUUUCCAUCCAGCGUUACAGAAGCUCACGGCAGAGACGCUCGCUGUCUGUAAACCUUUGUUCAUCUUUGACGGCCUGGAUGAAAGCAGACCUUCUCUGGACUUCAACCACAGGGAGCUUGUGUCUGAGGUCACACAGAGGUCAUCAGUCAACGUGCUGCUGACAAACCUCAUCCGGGGGAAUCUGCUUCCCUCGGCUCUCGUCUGGAUAACCUCCAGACCUGCGGCGGCCAAUCAGAUCCCUCCUGCAUGUGUUGACAGGGUCACAGAAGUACGAGGCUUCACUGACGCCCAGAAGGAGGAGUACUUCAGGAGGAGAUUCAGUGAUGAAGAGCUGAGCAGCAGAAUCAUCUCACACAUCAAGACGGCCAGGAGCCUCCACAUCAUGUGUCAAAUCCCAGUCUUCUGCUGGAUCAGUGCUACAGUUCUGGAGCACAUGUUGACCACAGACCAGAGAGGAGAACUGCCCAAGACCCUGACUGACCUGUACUCACACUUCCUGCUGGUUCAGACAAAGAGGAAGAACAACAAGUAUGGUGAAGGACAUGAGACGAGUCCACAGCAGAAAACGGAGGCUGACAGGGACGUUCUCCUGAAGCUGGGGAGGCUGGCACUUAAACAUCUGGAGGAAGGAAACAUCAUGUUCUACCAAGAAGACCUGGAGCGGUGUGGUCUUAAUGUCACAGAGGCCUCGGUGUACUCAGGAGUUUGUACUGAGAUCUUCAGAAGAGAGUGUGUGGUCUUCCAGAAAUCAGUCUACUGCUUUGUUCAUCUGAGCGUUCAGGAGUUUCUGGCUGCAGUCUACAUGUUCCACUGUUACACCGAGAGGAACACAGAAGAACUCAAGAACUUCUUGGGAACAGAUGAGGACAUAGACAGUACCUUCUCCCUGGAUGACCUCCUGAAGAGCACCAUGUAUAAAUCCCUCACCAGUACAAAUGGUCAUCUGGACCUGUUUGUUCGCUUCCUUCACGGCCUCAGUCUGGAGUCCAACCAGAGAGUCUUAGGAGGCCUGCUGGGUCGGACAGAGAACAAUCCAGAGAUCAUCCAGAGAGUCAUCAACAACCUGAAGGAGAUGGAGAGUGGUGGCAUUUCUCCUGACAGAAGCAUCAACAUCUUCCACUGUCUGACUGAGAUGAACGACCACUCAGUUCAUCAGCAGAUGCAACAGUUCCUGACGUCAGAGAACAGAUCAAAGGAGAAACUCUCUGAGAUCCACUGCUCAGCUCUGGCCUACAUGCUGCAGAUGUCAGAGGAGGUUCUGGAUGAGUUGGACCUGGAGAAGUUCAACACAUCAGAACAGGGUCGACUGAGACUGAUCCCAGCUGUGAGGAACUGCAGGAAGGCUCGACUCGGUGGUUGUGGACUCUCAGAGACUCACUAUGAAGUCGUGGUCUCAGCUCUGAAGUACAGGUCUUAG